AUGGCGACCGCAUGGCCCAGAUCUGCCGUUGUCUACGGCCAACCUACCACACUCGACUUGGCUCGUAAUCAGACCUACAGAACAGGCUCGAAGCGGCCAGGUGAGAGCGUCCAGAGCAUACAGAGGAUUGCCCCAAAUCACGACCGCUUCUCGUUGCCACAAGUGCCGUUGGAAGGGCUACCGGGCCCGGUACAGGAAUCUCCUUCGCCACUUCUACAGGCUAGCCCUAUUCUCCCACCAGUGAAUGAGACCCUUGAAGGAGCUCGCACUUUUGUCGAUGGCCAACCGCUCCCCUUGCGCGCUGUUAUAUCAUCCACGCCUGGCCCCUCGCAAAAUCCUCUCCUCACUCUUCGACAUCCCGUCUAUGGCCUUCCGCCCAAACUGGUCGAGAAUUUGGAGGCGUUGGGAGUCCAUGCAAUUUACCCCUGGCAAUCUUCGUGUCUGCUGAGAAGAGGCUUGUUAACGGGGGAGCAGAACUUGGUCUACACAGCGCCCACGGGCGGCGGCAAGUCUUUGGUAGCGGACGUUCUCCUCCUCAAACGUGUCAUUGAGAAUCCCGGAAAGAAAGGAAUUCUAGUACUUCCCUAUGUUGCUCUGGUACAAGAGAAGUCAAAGUGGCUACGCUUUUUGGUAGAAGGAGUUUCCAAGAAUGUUGACGAAGUACCUGACGGCAUCCCCAACCCUACAUGGCGUCGGCCCAGUAGCGUGGUAUGCGUGAGUGGUUUCUUCGGCGGCAGCAGGGCAGCGAUUAACUGGUCAGACUGUGAUGUUGCAGUGUGCACCAUUGAGAAGGCAAAUUCAUUGGUGAAUGCCGCUGUCGAGGAAGGCAAGGAUGCAGAGAUUGCAGUCCUAGUUCUCGAUGAGUUGCACAUGCUCAACGACGAGCAUCGUGGCUAUCUGAUGGAACUACUGGCCACCAAAUUGAUGUCGUUAGAGUCUCCUGUUCAGAUCGUGGGCAUGAGCGCCACGCUGCCAAACCCACAACUUCUAGCCAAGUGGUUGAAUGCCAAAUAUUACAUCGCAAAAUAUCGGCCCGUCCCCAUCGAAGAACACCUAGUGUAUGACCAUGCCAUCUAUCCCACAGCAAAUGCCAAAGAGUUCUUUCGGACGGCCACGCAACUAACUGCAGGCGAUGCAGUCCCAACACAGCGGCCACAGCCACGACGGACAAUUUCCAAAUCUGAACAUCAAGAAUUCCAGAAUCCACUUUCCAACGCAGUCGUCGCACUAGCUGUUGAGACUGCUCUUGCGGGUCAUGGAGCGCUGGUAUUCUGUAGCAGCCGCCUGGGGGUGGAAAGAACUGCAUCGUUGAUUAGUGACGCAUUGCCUGUCAACGACCUUGAUCAGGAGAUCUUAAACCAACGGCAGGAUCUCCUGGCAUCGCUACAUGCACUCCCGAGCGGCUUCGAGGCCACCUUUUCCAAAACUCUUCCCCGUGGAGUCGGUUUCCACCAUGCAGGCUUAACUAUCGAAGAACGAACAUUGGUCGCAUCGGCGUAUGACACCGGCAUACUCAGAGUUAUGGUUGCCACAUGCAGUCUUGCUGCGGGUAUCAACCUGCCGGCUCGCAGAGUCAUACUGAACGGAGCUCGCAUGGGGCGGGACCUGGUAGGGCCUGCGAUGCUUCUCCAGAUGCGAGGACGAGCUGGUCGCAAAGGAAAGGACGAGGUUGGAGAGACCUACUUGUGCUGUCAGAAGUCCGAUCUUGAGGCAGUGGCGCAACUGCUCGAAGCGGAGAUGCCUCCUGUUGAAAGCUGUUUGACUCCGGAGAAACGAGGGGUGAAGAGGGCCCUUCUCGAAGUCAUUGGUGUUCGAAUGGCAUCUAGCAAAAGUGCGCUCGAUCAUUCUGUUUGUUCGUCCUUGCUCUGGCACACAGCGGAGCAUAGUGUCGUCGCGGAGAUGGUUGAUAAGGCCACCAAGGAGCUGCUCGAAAGCGGACUGAUCCAACUCGCCGAUCACGAAAACUGCCUUGAGCCGACCAGGCUCGGUACGGCCGUGGUAGCCUCGGCGCUCAGUCCCGAAGGCGGGAUAUUUGUUCAUUCCGAAUUGCGUCGUGCGCUUGAAUCAUUUACCAGCGGACUGGCGGAGAUAUCUUGGCCUACUUUCCGCAACGAACUCGACUCACUAGAUGAAAGUGGCUUGAGAGCGAUCCGGCUCAUUGGGGUUAGUCCAGCGUUGGUCAAUCGUCUUGCCAACAGCGGCGGUGACCUGAAGGAAAACAACCCCGACGAGAUCCGAUUAGCACGGGUGUAUCGAAGAACGUACUCGGCUUUUCAACUGCGCGACCUCUGUAACGAGAUCUCCGUGCACGAAAUAAGUAUUAAAUAUUCCGUACCACGUGGACACAUCCAGACCCUGGCCCAGACUUGUCAUGGGUUCGCGGCGGGGAUGAUCAAGUUCUGUGACAGGAUGGGUUGGGGCAUGCUGGCUGCGGUGCUUGAGCAUAUGCUGGAUCGACUCCGGGCCGGGGCGAAGGCGGAUCUGCUUGAAAUGGCCCAGGUUGCUUUUAUCAAAAGUAGGAUGGCACGGAUCUUUUGGGAAAAUGGGUUCAAAAGUGUUCGCGCUCUGGGAGAGGCAGAUCCUCAGAGCCUGGUUCCUGUCAUGAUGCAGGCCCAGGCAAGAAAGAUGAGAUUACAGGGCGAGGCAGCGGAGAAAUUCAAAGAGAAGCUGCUUGCAAGGGCAGAGAUCAUCGUCAACAGUGCAACCAGAGUCCGGGAGAGACAGCAGCAAGUUGAGUGGGAAGAAGAAUGA